CAAUUAUAGCCCCACAACUUACGGUCAGCUCCCAACAAAAAAGCGUGUUUAAGUCUUUUCACAUCUACCCAUUCUCCACCACAAUCCACAUUUUUAAAUGACCAAAACAGCCCCAAAACUCGCGGCAAACUCCCGCCAACUACAAGGGUAAAAUCGUAAUUCCAUCAACCUCCUCCAUCCACGUCUUGUCCCGCAACAUCCGAGCUUCUCCUUCCGCCAUUUCUGAACCUUCUCGUAAUCUCUCUCUCUCUCUCUCUCUCUCUCUUCCAUGGCUCUGCGUCUCUCUCUCUCCCCGCCGUCGAUCAGAUCCUCGCCGUCUCUGCCGUGCAACGGCAAGCAACCGAUCGCCGCAGUUUCCGACUCAAAGAGCACCUGCUUCAGUUCAAGGAGCUUGAGUGUCACUAGUAGCCGGAGCAUUGGUAUUUCCGGUGGAAAUCGGACCUUCAAGGUCAAUUCCAGCUUGGAAACUGCCGGCGCUACCGUCGGCCAGGUCACCGAGGUCAACAAAGACACUUUCUGGCCCAUCGUCAAUGCGGCCGGCGAUAAAACCGUUGUGCUCGAUAUGUACACCCAAUGGUGUGGACCCUGCAGAGUAAUGGCCCCAAAAUUUCAAGAAUUGUCAGAGAAAUACCUCGAUGUCGUCUUCUUAAAGCUUGAUUGCAACCAAGACAAUAAGCCAUUGGCAAAGGAACUAGGCAUAAAAGUGGUGCCGACUUUCAAAAUUCUAAAGGAUAAUAAGGUUGUUAAAGAAGUAACAGGGGCAAAGUUUGAUGAUUUGGUCCAUGCUAUUGAAGCUGUAAGAUCCAGCUGAGAAUUCUCCUCUCUUCUCUUCUUCGUGAAUUCUAAUAAUAUGAUGCAAGGAAUAGUAUUAUCCACGACCCAUUAUUGAUUUUUACUCUAUUAAUUUAAGGAUUUUUGAGUACUGUGUUAAUUUCUAAGGAAGAAGCAAUUCAACAAUAUUCUUCUUCCUCCAACGAUCUGGAAAUGAUUCUGUAUAUAAAUGUUUGGGACAGAGACAUUUGAAUAUGGACAAUCACAAUUGCUACAUGUUCUGAAAA